GCGGGCACGCCGUUAAGUAACGAGAGGAGGAGACAGAGCCGAGUGGAGAACGGCCGCCCGUGCAACUGGAGCUUCUCGGGGACUAUCGACAGGGAGUGCAGCCGACGCCAGAGCCCGAGAGCUGGGGGGUUAUGAACGCCGUCAGAAUCCGCUCCCAUCCUCCUCCGCCCGGGCCCCUGUCCGACUGACAACCGCCGGAUCACAGUCUACGCCGAAGCAGCUCUCGGACGAGCCCAGUAUCGGUGACAGAGACGACUUGCAACCAUGGAGCUGAGAGUGGGGAACAAGUACCGGCUCGGCCGAAAGAUAGGGAGUGGUUCCUUUGGAGACAUCUACCUUGGUGCCAACAUUGCCACUGGUGAGGAGGUAGCCAUCAAGCUUGAAUGUGUGAAGACCAAGCACCCACAAUUGCACAUUGAAAGCAAGUUCUACAAGAUGAUGCAAGGAGGAGUGGGUAUCCCAUCGAUAAAGUGGUGUGGCGCAGAGGGAGACUACAACGUGAUGGUAAUGGAGCUGCUCGGUCCCAGUCUGGAGGACCUGUUCAACUUUUGCUCCCGGAAGUUCAGCCUAAAGACAGUUCUUCUUCUGGCUGACCAGAUGAUCAGCCGCAUUGAGUACAUCCACUCCAAGAAUUUCAUCCAUCGGGAUGUGAAGCCUGACAACUUCCUAAUGGGGCUCGGUAAGAAGGGGAACCUGGUGUACAUCAUUGACUUUGGCCUGGCCAAGAAGUACCGUGAUGCCCGCACACACCAGCACAUCCCUUACAGGGAGAACAAGAAUCUGACGGGCACGGCACGCUAUGCCUCCAUCAACACACAUCUUGGAAUUGAGCAGUCCAGACGUGAUGACCUGGAGUCCCUGGGCUAUGUCCUCAUGUACUUCAACCUUGGCUCCCUCCCCUGGCAGGGCCUCAAGGCUGCGACCAAGAGACAGAAGUAUGAACGGAUCAGCGAGAAGAAAAUGUCCACACCCAUUGAGGUUCUUUGCAAAGGCUACCCUUCCGAGUUCUCCACAUACCUGAAUUUUUGCCGUUCACUCCGUUUUGAUGACAAGCCAGACUACUCCUACCUACGACAGCUCUUCAGGAAUCUUUUCCACCGACAAGGCUUCUCCUAUGACUAUGUCUUUGACUGGAACAUGCUAAAAUUUGGUGCCAGUCGGACAGCCGAGGAUGGUGAUCGGGAGAGGAGGACAGGAGAUGAGAGAGAUGAGCGGAUUGGAGGAGUCCCCAGGGGGUCUGCAUCGCGAGGCCUUCCCCCAGGUCCCAACCCUGGAGCUCCCAACAGAGUCCGAAACGGGCCAGAGCAGGCAAUCUCUAACCCUGCCUCACGGGUCCAGCAGUCUGGGAACACUUCGCCACGCGCAAUUUCUCGAGCAGAGAGGGAGAGGAAGGUGAGCAUGCGGCUCCACCGUGGAGCUCCUGCCAACGUGUCAUCCUCUGACCUCACAGCCCGCCACGACCAGUCCAGGAUUUCCACAUCACAGGUCAGCGUGCCAUUUGAGCACAUGGGGAAGUAGAAUUCUUUGGCUCUGCAUGCACAUGAAACUGACAGGGCUGCAAGGUAUGAUCAUUGCUCUGAUUUAUUUUCCUGUAUUUUUUACCUUGUCUUAUUACAAGAUGAUUGCCAAUGGACAUGUGGAUCUUUUGGAAAAGGACCGUACAUUUUUACAGGAUCCAGAGAAGUACAUGACACCACCCAUCAUGCACUCUUUUCAUGAACCAUUUUGCUGAUUCCUGGAUCAUCGCCACCACCACAGUACAAAAUAAACAAAAACAAACGAAUGACAGUGCUACGCCAUUGUUACUCCAUGGUUGCUCUUACCUGUCCCCCCUCUUCCUCAGAGUAUUCCCUCAAUACCCUCUGUCUGACAAAUGUGAAGGAACUGAUGGUAUCAAAGAAGCAGAAUGGUAUCAGGGACACACGCAUGUUAUGAUAUAGGCUUAGUAAGAUGUAUCUUUCUUUCAGUUUUUUUUUUCAGCAAACAACUUUUAAAUUAAUGUUUUCUCUUGUCUUUGGCAAGGACAUUUUAAAUUGAACCUUGUAAUGAGUUUACUUUCUUUGUAUUUUUGAAAGUAACAGCUAAAAUAAGAGGUGGGUGGGAGGGUAGAGAAUGUAAAGAGAGGUGACUUUGGAGAGGAUGAGUAAGUGAUGUUUUAGCUGUUAGAGUAAUGUUUCUGGUGAAGUAGCAAAUUGGUCCUUGCUUGCCUUUCGUCCAUCCAUGUUGUGAUGAUGUUCUUUCCUUCAAAACUCGGCCACCAAAACCUCCGUUACCCUUUUUAUUUUGCCUGUUUUUAAUUGUGCGUUUUCUGUGGUUUUAAUGUGAGUGGGUAAGAUGAAGAAUGACCAUAGAUAUUGCAAAGACACACUCCCAAGUCUUGAGGGAAGCUCCUCAGGAAAUUCUCAGUGUAUUUGACCAGAGACCACAGCUGCCCAUUUUGGCUAACAAAUAGUGGCUGCAAUUUUUAUGAUAGUUCUUAAUGUUACCUUUUUUUAAUUAUUCUUUUUGUUAUUGGAGGUCAAAGGGGAGUGGGCCAGCUCUGAUAAUGAUUACAGUUGGGGUAAGGGGCAUCCAAUGAUUUUUUAUUUUAUUUACUCCACUGUAAAUAUAUCUUUUUUUUCAUUUUGAUGUAAAGGCAACAUGUGGUUAUUUGUUUUAAUAUGUAAAGUAGAAAAUUGCAUACUAUUGACAAACAGGGGCUGGGUUCAGAGCUUAAGGUAUUUUAAGUACAAAAAUUGUGGGAUGGGCUACUGUUGCUUUGCCAGCUGGGUCAUCGUGUGUGUGUGUGUGUGUGUGUGUGUGUGUGUGUGUGUGUGUGUGUGUGUGUGUGUGUGUGUGUGUGUGUGUGUGUGUGUGUGUGUGUGUGUGUGUGUGUGUGUGUG